GGUACUUUGUAUGUUGGUAAAUUAUUUUUAUCCGCUGAACGAUUAUGAACGCGGAUGCGGAUGUAGAAAUCUGCGAGAACGUGAUCGGAUUCCGUCCCUUUGACUAGUUUAGAUGGUGAUUUAAAAUUUUUUUUUUUGGUGUCUUGUAUUAGAAGUGCGUUGAAUUGACAUUAGAUUCACAUUAACAGAAGCAGAACUUACAGCAGAAGCAAAACCUAUCUAAAUCCUCCAAUCAGACCACUCCACCAAAAUUUCUGCAGUAUACCAAAAUGCCAUCAUUCCAAUGGUCCAUCUCCAUUUCGAUGUUUCUAAUUUCCGCAACAAUCAGCGAUGCCCAAUCAACUACGAAAAAUAUCCCAAACACCGAUCAUCCUACCGACUUCGAGAAUCUAACCAAAACAUCCACGUGCUUCGUAGACAAAACACCUCUACUAGAGACACUGUUCAGCGAUUCUCCUCACGAUCACCGAAUCAUCUCGAUCACCACACCUCGAGGAUUCGGCCGAACCACCAAUCUAGACAUGAUCAGACGUUUCGCCAGUAUCGAAACCGAUUCUCAAGGAACUCGUCGAAAUAAAUUCAUCUCUUCGGCUUACCAUAUUUUCGGCCCUCAAGCCAAUCUCUCCAUUUCGCGAAACGAUCUUCUGAUCCAAGAUCAUCUCGGAAUGUAUCCCGUCAUAUAUCUAGAUUUGAGCAACGUGACAGCUCCUUCGAUCAGGGAAACUAUGCAGAAUCUGCACGAACGCAUCAAGCAGUCGUACCAACGCUGCGAAUGGCUGGAAAACAAGAAACUACGCAUGUCCCAGAACACUAUCGGUAUCCUGGAGCAUUCCAAGCACAAAAGCGAUUGGAAAUUCAUCAGCAAGAUGAUGAAGAACCUGGUGAACGUGGUCGAUAUACAAAACAGUAUUAGUAAACUGAUACAAAUGCUAGUCGAACAAUUCCAACACAAGGCUAUUCUUUUAAUAGACAAUUACGACGCUCCACUUAUGGACGCCGUUUACCAUCAAUCCAACAACAGCGUCGGCCGAUUUUACGAAUUUUUCAACGCUUUCUUCAGCAGCACGCUGGAUGACUCGGUUAACGAUACCGAACUCGUUAUUCUCACCGGAAGACAUCCUGUAUCGAUUAAAACCCAAACUGAAAUCGAUUUCUACUCGUUUCUCAGCGACCACGAUCUCAGCCAGUUUUUCGGAUUCAACGAAGCCCAAGUGCAACACUUACUGGAUCUGAAUCCGGGCUCGGUCUCGAUCCAAGAGCUGAGGAAUAACUUCGGAGGAUACUUGAUUAAUGGGUCGUCGACUCCUUUAUAUAAUCCAAGCUCAGUUUACGAGUAUUUUCACUCGAUUCGGGCACAGAACCAGACAGAGAUAUCGUCCACUCCGUUGUACGAUCCUCAAAUACAUAAAUUGGUGAAAAGAUUCAUGUCGAAUGUGACCUGGCAACAGGAUAAGGGUAUAGAAGGAUACUGGGGCGAUCGAUCUUUCGAAAUAAUUCCUCGUUUCGAUGUCGAUCAAUUGGAAAGAAUCGCCAGUGUGAUCAAUGGGUCUGAGAGUAUCACCGGCAGCGACUUGGAUAUGUAUUUUAGUAUCUUGUUCGUCAAUGGGUACUUUACCCAUCCGAAUGAUACGGCUCCGGAUGUAAUCGCGUUUCCUAAUCUGCAAAUGAUGACCACCUUCCAGCAGUAUUUGAACUGAAGAUUGUAGAGGCCAAGAACAAGGUACAAAUGAGAUGAUGCAGGGAAGCAGAGGCAAUUUUAAUGGAUUAGCAUUGUGAUAUUGGACAUGGUGGAAAAUUGAGUGCUUUGAGCAGAUCCAUGUUCAACAGUCAAGAUGGUAUGAUCUUUAGUGAAAGUGAAAUCAUACAAUUUUAAUAAGAUGUUGAAGAAAUCUGCAGUAUAUUUGCAAAUGGAAGACGCUGAACUGUACAAUCGAAGCACCUAUAGUAGUGAUUAAAUCUUAAAGGAGGUAUCAAUUUAGUCUUGAAGACGUGCUUGGGGAUUUUUGAGCAACUUGACAACCCCAAGGGGAAUGAAUUUCUCAUGCAAACCAAAGUGAUGUGAUAAUUUUUUUUUAUUUGUGACCAAUCAAUAUCUGUAAUUAAAUCAUUCGUUACUGUUGAUAA